GCCUAAUAGCACAAACAAAUAUCCCUAUUACAUAAACCAAGUUUUUUUUUCAUAAUAUCUCACCAUGAAGCUCAACACUUUUCUUCUUCUUGGGCUCCUCUUGUCCCUUGUUCUUCUCGUCUCUUCCAAUGCGCUAGAGACGCCGAAAGAUGAGAAUAAAGAGGACGAAGCUGUUAGACCAGAUCAAUUUGGUGGACGCGGUUACGGUGGUUACCGUGGUUAUGGUGGCUAUGGUGGCUAUAGAGGCGGUUAUGGCGGCUAUGGUGGCUAUAGAGGCGGUUAUGGUGGCUAUAGAGGCGGUUAUGGUGGCUUUGGUGGCUAUAGAGGCGGUUAUGGCGGCUUUGGAGGCGGCAGAGGCGGUUAUGGCGGCUUUGGAGGCGGUUACGGCGGCCCCGGUUACGGAGGCGGCGGUUAUGGAGGCAGGGGAGUUUCCGGAGGUGGUGAAGCCAACCCUUGAUCAACUGUGCCGAUAUAAAUGUACACCAUGCAUGUAGCUUGAAAAUACCUAAAUAAAUACGUGCAUGGAAACUGAGUAUGCAAUAAGUUAUAAGAGUGAGCUGACAAUAGUUUGUGUCUCUGUCGAUGGAAACUAUUAUGUUACAUGCGUAUGCUGCACUUGCGUGCAUGUACUUGGUGCAGAUACUCAUGGUGCAUCGACGUAUCUGGAUGUUUUAUAUUAUGAAAUAACUUCGCGUGUUUAUAUUAU